AUUGAACGCCGCAUACACUUCGCACACAGCACCUCGCCUCCUGCGAGUUCUCAAUCGACUACUGCGUGUCACUCGUUGCCUACCAACAAUGACGGUCUGUAGAGAUGACGUCUCUACAUUACAGAAGUGCAUCCGCGACCGAUCGCCGCAGCGCCAGUCUUUUAAAUGGCCCCUCACGCGUUAAUCCCACUCGAGCCAGAGACGACCGACCAUUUGCCCGCGACAAUGGCUCCCCGGUGCUCCCAGAUGGCUUCAGCGACCCUGCUGAUGGAGCGCACAAACCCUCAAAAAGCGAGAGUCGAGUGAGCGGUCUCGAACAUAGGCGGCGGGAGAAAUCGACGGUUACAACAACAGAGACCAUUUACACGAGAAGGAGUCCAAAGAAAGAAACGUCGAAUACCGAAAGCCGGAAGGAUAAGCGGACAGUAGCAAGUCCUGUUCUCAAGCAACCGCCGAAGGAGGAUAAUUUACCAUGGGCUCCCGCGGUUUCUCUCGUUCCUCAUUCUUCUGCGCCCCUGGCCACAAGAGUGACAGCACCGCCUCUGUCUCGCCAUGCUCCAUCAGAGCUCGAUCCUGUCGCUCUCGAGACUAUGACAAUGCAGGAGCAAGAGCGUGCAUUAUUGGACGAUUUGCUCUACGUGUUUAUGGGCUUUGAGGGACAGUAUGUCCGAUUCCACGACAGUUAUGAUCCUGCCGAGGAAAAAGACCGCUUGAAUGGUCCAUCAUUUCAUCCACUUCCCGGCCUUGAUCCAAGUCUCAGAGAUUUGACAAGCUCCAUGCUUUCGAUGGCCACCCAUCACUGCGCGAUUGAGGCUUUUAUCGAAGUCCAAAGCAGGGAUGAAUUCGGCUCUGUCAACCACGCACUUUGUGCUGCCAUCCGAAAACUGUUGAAAGACUAUCUCAUCUUGAUCGCACAGCUAGAGAUGAAGGUCCUUACUGAUCCGAAGUUUACAUUACACCAAAUGCACAUCGCGGUUAUCCCCACUGCGCAAUGUCUAGUGCAGCUGUACUCUUUGGCCCAAGAGUUAUUGAAAAAGAACUCCUUGCUGGAAGAGGACACCGAUGACUCAAUUGACGAUUUUGAUCCUGACAAUAUUAUUGAGCGGCUAAAGGAAGGUGGUGAUCUGCUUCCGGGCAGUCUUAGCAAGAAACGAUGUAUAGGCGGUAAUGUUCUGGGUCUUUUGACAACCCGGCUUUCAACAUUCUCUGGAGAUCCGGCCGCUCGAUCUAUUCUAGAGAUGCUGUUGCGUGAAGCAAGCAGACCUUACAUGGUGAUGCUGAAUGAGUGGUUACAUCACGGCGGCAUCCAUGAUCCGCACUCGGAAUUCUUGAUCGGCGAGAGGGCUAGUAUCAAACGAGAACGCCUCGACGAAGAUUACACAGACGAGUACUGGGAAAAGCGUUACUAUAUUCGCGAGAAGGAAAUUCCGCCGCAGCUAGAAUCUGUUCGAGAAAAGGUCCUUCUGGCUGGAAAGUAUCUCAAUGUGGUUCGGGAGUGUGGUGGUGUCAACAUAACCAGCAAAAUUGACGACACCCCAGCAACAUUCGAUGAUCCGCGAUUUCUCGACAAUGUCAACAAUGCCUAUUCAUUCGCGAAUAAAGAGUUGCUUCAAUUACUCCUCACGAAGAAUUCGCUCCGGAGUCGAUUGCGGUCGAUGAAGCACUAUUUCUUCCUCGACCGUGCGGAAUUCUUCCUCUACUUCCUCGAACUCAGCGACUCCGAGCUGCGGAAGAAGAAUCGAGAUGUAAAUGUUGGAAAGCUUCAGUCUUUGCUGGAUUUGGUUCUCCAUCAGCCAGGCAGCAUCGCGGUGGCAGAUCCAUUCAAGGAGGAUGUGAAGGUGAAAAUGAACUCGGUUGGUUUGACGCAAUGGUUGAUCAAGGUCGUCAAUGUGCAAGGCAUGGACCAGGAUAAUCCAGAUUCCAUGAUGGACCCGUACAAAACGCCGGCUCCUAGCCAGGCUUCUGGGACUGAAAAGUUCAAGGAUGAGAAGAAAAAAGAGGAAGAAAAGGAUAUCAUCGGAUUUGAAGCGCUAGAGCUUGACUACACCGUACCGUUUCCCCUCUCUCUCAUCAUCAGCCGAAAGACAGUCUCGCGAUACCAACUCAUCUUCCGAUACACACUGGCACUGCGUCACCUGGAAACCCAGCUGGUGGGUUGCUGGUCAACUCAUACGAAGGAGAAGGCGUGGAUUCACAAGUCCUCUGACAAAAGGUUUGAGUUGUGGAAGCGGCGGGUAUGGACGUUGCGCUCUCGAAUGCUCGUGUUUGUUCAACAAAUGCUCUUCUUUGCCACUGCAGAAGUGAUGGAACCAAACUGGCAGAAGCUCAUGGUGAAGGUCGAUGAUGCGGAACGGGAUGAUUUCGAAGAGACCAGGUCAGGACUCAAUCCGAAAUCGAAGCCUACUGUUGAUGAGUUGAUGCAAGAUCAUGUCGACAUGCUGGACUCUUGCAUGAAAGAUCUUGGAUUGACGCAGGCGAAACUGCUCCGUCUGCACGCAAAGCUCAUGACUGGAUGUGGAAUGUUCGCGUCCUAUGUUGAGCACGUCACCAAGUCGAUCUACGAAGCCGACACGAGUCUCCAAUCGAAACCCGUUAAGCCCGGGGCGGCUGCACCCCCAGCUGCGCCCACGGAUCCGGCACGAAUGAAGAGGAUAGAAGAGUCGAUCAGGAAGUAUGAAGAGCACUUCAACAGGCAUCUGAAGAUCUUGAUUGAUGCUCUCAACUGGUUCGCAACCACCGAGACGGUCUCUUUGCUCAGCCUCUGUGGAAGAUUGACGAAUGCUGAGGUACAGAAACGCGAUGAUUUAUUUCUUUGAAGAAGGCUGGAGCGGAAUGAUGCGCUGUUUCGACCUGCCUCCAUGUCCAGCAACGAAGGGCUUUGUAUGAAAUUUUGGCACUUGGGAGUGUUACGGGAUUGAUGAGAGUGCGUGCAUGCACAACGGUAAAGACUAUGAAUGAUACCCACAGGCGCGAAUGUUGUUCAUCUGACUAUUUAUGCUCCUUGCGUUUUCCUGCCUCACCUUCAACAUUUAAGUCUGCGAAUCCUGCCAAGCUGGUCCGAAUCUCCCUUUGUAUAUGUAGGCGUCACCUCAGUCACACUCGACAUUUCUUCGUCCUUCUUCCCUUCUCCUGCCUCAAGCCUUUUCUGGUGUUUGUGACGGCGUGGAUUUGUC